AUGCCUUCCCCAAGCUUGUGCUUGCACAUUUCCGAUACGUAUAUCCCUCCAAGAGUCGAGGCAAGACAGCCUGAAGUGCCAAACUACCAUCCUUGCCUUAUAGUGCAAGACUCUCAAACGGAUGUUUCCAAGGUCAAAUCUUGCGGCUGUGCAGACAGUUACUGUGUCAAGAAUGCUCCCGCAUGGAUUCCUCGUUCUCUGAGUUGA